AUGGAUGAAGAGAAUAAAGUUUAUCAAUGUUCUAAAAACAGUGAUGCAAAUUUACGUAAACAUUUAGCAAGUUCAGUCCAUCAAGUUCCAAAUGUCUUAUAUGCAUCACAAACAAAUGAUGGUUCAAAUGUUCAAGUUCCAAUUCCAGGUAUAUCACCUGAACGAAAACUUGAAUUACACACUGCUGCAGUUGAUUGUAUAUUACGUGAUGGUCUUGCAUUUGGAGUAUUUCGUCAACCUGGUAUGCGUCGAUUUCUUCAAAAAGCUGUUCCUGGAUAUGCUGGUCCGAACCGUAAAACGGUUCGACAAAAAAUAGCAAAAAUAUAUUCAUCAUACACCACCAAACUUCGUUCUGUUCUAUCUAAAGUUGAUUUUAUUGCACUUACAUGUGAUUUGUGGCGAAGUUCCAAACGGGUACAUUAUAUUAGUCUUACCGGUCAUGUUUUUAAUACUAAAUAUGAAACUGUUCCAAUUGUACUUGGUUGUCGUCGUAUUAUCGGUCGUCAUUUAUCAACAACUAUUGAACGUUAUAUUGAAUUCGAAUUAAAACGACUUAAUAUUAAACAAGAACAACUUGUUAGCAUUACCACUGAUAAUGGUUCUGAAAUGAAAAAAGCAACAUCAACACUUAAAUUUGGUAAUCGUAUUUCUUGCAUGGCGCACAACCUCAACCUGGUGGUAAAGCACGGUCUCUGUCUUUGGAAAGAGCCAAAUCCCGAUGAGUAAGUAUAAAUUAACAACUUUGUACUUACCAGAAAACCACAUCAAGUGAUACCUUCCAUUUUAAUCCAUUUGUGUUUCAUCCAAUCGAAUAUAUUGAGAUAAAAAAAGAAAUGAGCAUCCAUAAUUUUUGAAGAAAGAGAUGUGUGGAAUUGUUCUAUUAGAUUGUUUCUUAUCUUCACAAACUCGAUCAAAUGAGGUAUGGAUGAAUAAAAAUGGAACCAAUUAGUUUGUGUAGUUUCUAUUAGGAAAAAUUUGUCUAAAAACUUUUUUUAUAUCAUUUGGAUGAACAUACCCUGAAAUUAGUUUAUAUUUAUUAAUACUAAAAUUAAGAAGUAUUUUCAUCGUGUUCUGGUAGAAAAUGCUUUGUUGAUCCUUGUCAACUUUAUUCUUUUACUUUAUGUUGUGUUGCUAAUAAAGAGAAGUUUACCCUGUUUUUAGACGCAAUCAUUGGUAUUGUAACAUCGCUUCUUCAUUGAAAUUAUUUUCUUCUGCCAUUCUUCUGAUUUAUUAGUGGUUUAGGGCAAUAUCUUUUUUUUCCUCAACUUUGAUAAUUGAAGAUAAUGUGAUAUAGUUCAAUCAUGUAGAGUCUGUAAGCAAUAAAUUAAGGCAUAAGCUAUAUUGGUGUUCUGUUUUAAAAAAUAAAAUAUAAGAAAAAAGAAAUUUGACAUACAUAGUUUUAACUAAAUAAUUUGAUCAUCCGUAUUUAACACAUUACUGAUUUGAUGGAUUUAGAAUGAAAACAAAAGACUUGGUAUUUUGUGUCUUUAUCAAUCAUCAAAUGUAAAGCCUAUUUACAUUCUGAAUAUAUUACCCCUUUCAGGACGGAAUUUUUUUAUCAAAAAUUGGUUCUUUUUAUCAAUUUAUUGAAUUUGACUCAAAGUUUUUCCAUACAAAGGGUGUAGGGGUGGGGGUGGAUGUAGGUGUGGGUGCGGGUGUGGGGAUGGGGGUGCGUGUCGGUUUGCGUGUGGGUAGUGUGGGUGACUGUUUCUUGUUUUCACAUCCACACGAAUACCCACCCCCACCCCCACCCUCAUUGUACAAUCAUAGAAAGAAAAACAAAUGUCUG